CGUUUAGAAACUAAGAAAGAAGUCCCAUUCUUUGAGUAAUUGAAGUUUUCACACAAAGAAAAGUGAUGGACAGGCAUGGUUUUGCGUUUAAUGGCUACUCCACCAACAAUGGAGUUGCACCGCGUGCUGAUGAAUGGAGGAAACCAAGCUAUGCCUCCGAUGAUGGUUACGGGCCUGAUAUCACUGAUGUUAUGGGAAGGAAGGCGCCAAGCAUUCUGCGCACUCCCAGCCACGACGCACAGAGCUUUUACAGAUACAGUUCUCCACCAAAGGCUGAGCCAGAGAAAGACUAUGAUUAUGGGCUUAAUUUCCCCCUAAAAGCCAAGCCAAUGAAAGAUGAUAGAUACAAAAAUAGCUCCCCACCAAAGGUUCAGCUUGUGAAAGACUAUGGAUCAAGAAAUAGUUCCCCACCAAAGGCAUGGCCUAUUAAUGGGUUCAGACAUAGCUCUCCAUCAACGGCAUGGCCUAUUAAAGACAAUGGCCUAAGACGUAGCUCUCCACCAAAGCCCAAGUUAGUGAAAGACUAUGGAUUCAGAAAUAACUCCCCACCAAAGGUCGAGCCUGUGUAUCUCAAUGGAUCCAAACAUAGCUCUCCACCAAUGGGCUGGCCUAUGAAUGACAAUCGAUCCAAAUUUAGUUCCCCACCAAAGGUCGGGCCUAUAAAUGACAACCAAUCCAGAUUUAGCUCCCUACCACAAGCUCCCCACUAUGGAUCCAGAAAUAGUUUGUCCCUACCAAAGGUGGGACCUGUGCUUGACAAUGGAUCCAAAUAUUGCUCUCCACCAAAGGCCAAGUUAGGAAAAGACUAUGGAUCUAGAAGAAGCUCCCCACCGAAGGUUGGGCCUAUGAAUGACAAUCGAUAUAGAAAUAGCUCUCCACCAAAGUUCGAGCCAGUGAAAGACUAUGGAUUGCAAAAUAGCUCCCUACCAAAGGCCAAGCUAGCGAAAGACCAUGGAUCCAGAUAUAGCUCCCCACCAAUGGUUGGGCCAAUGAAAAGCAAUGAAUCUAGAUACAGCUCCCCACCAAAGGUUGUGUCUGUGAAAGAUCAUGGAUAUGAGCCAGUGAAAGAAUAUGCAUAUGCUGAUGAUAAAUGGCAAAUUCCUGGGAGUACUCCAGAUCAUCAUCGCCCACAAAAGGCUGAUGAUUUCAACGACUGGGUCAAGGUGAAUGGAAAUAUCGUUCAGAAUGAGAAUCAUGAUGACUACAGUGGCUAUUAUGGAGGCUGGGUUAUGCCUAGUCGUUCAACAUGGGUUGCACCACUAAGUAAUGAUGCCACUAUUGCCCCUCCACUUUAUUCCUCAUACACAGCACCAGUCUCGAAAGGGCCAAAGAAAAGUGCCUAUGCUGAAAGCAUUGAGAGCAUAGAAGCGGCAACGGGGUAUGGAUACUUGAACUCAUCACCUUGGCCACUAAACAACUGGUGAGACUUACACAAGUGACAACCACGCAUCAACAUUAGAGAAUUUGCUAGGAAGUUGGUAGUACAAUGAUUGCCUGAGCCUCGAAGUCAAAUCUUCCUGGGAUUCUUUAUUAAGUCUAUUUGGGAUAAUCUAAAGCUAUUACUACUAUCUAUUUUUAUGAACUUAUAGUUUGUGUCUCAGGUCAAUGGUUCCUGAGAGGUUAUUUACGGGUCUGUUUUCUUUUUCUUUACUACCAAAUUAGUAUAUACCUGUGCUUUUAUGAGUAAAUUGUCUUAAUACCAUGCCUAUGAUGGGUGAAUCACCUAAAAUUUUGGGU